AUGGAUCCAUCACCUGCAGCUGGUUACCAGCGGUAUUCAGACAGGGGAUGCUUGAAUCUGCCACAAGGACAAGUGGAGAUUUGUGCAAGAUUACAAGAGGGUGGGGGCACUGUGACCUCCCUGCUCCCCAUCGGGAAGGUGGAAUGGUUCAGGGGGACGGGGCCAGACCAGGAGUUAAUCUUCAGUUUCAGAGGAGGAUACCACCCCUCCCCCCGAGUAACAACUGUUGCAGACACCACAAAAAGAAACAGCACGGACUAUUCCAUCCGCAUCAGUAACAUCUCCCCAACAGACAUGGAAACCUACUACUGUGUGAAGUUCAAGAAAGGGACCCCUGAUACGGAGUUUAAGUCUGGACCAGGCACCCAGGUCAUCGUAAGUGCCAAACCCUCUCCCCCCGUGGUGUCGGGCCUCACAGCCAGGGUCGCGCCCCAGCAGCCAGUGAGCUUCACCUGCGAGUCCCACGGCUUCUCCCCCAGAAGCGUCACCCUGAAAUGGUUCAAAAACGGAAACGAGCUGCCAGCCUCCUGGACCACCGUGGACCCAGAGGGAGACAGCGCUUCCUACAGCGUCUCCAGCAGCGCCACGCUGGUGCUGGCCCCGGGGGACGUCCGCUCCCAGCUCAUCUGCGAGGUGGACCACGAAACACUGCAGGGGGGCCCUCCACUUCGUGGGACGGCCAACCUGUCCGACACCCUGCGAGUUCCAUCCUCCUUGGAAUUUGCCCAGCAACCUGUGACAGAGGACCAGGUGAAGGUCACUUGCCAAGCAAAAAAGUUCUACCCUCAGCGCCUCCAGGUGACCUGGUUGGAGAACGGAAACGUAUGCAAAACAGAGACAGCCUUGAGCCUCAUAGAGAGCAAGGAUGGGACCUAUAGCUGGACGAGCUGGCUCCUGGUGAACGUAUCUGCCCACACAGAGGAGGUGGUGCUCACCUGCCAGGUGCAGCACGAUGGGCAGCGGGCAGUCACCAAAAGCCGUAAACUCAAGACCUCUGGCCGCACAAAAGACCAGUGCACAGAUGGAAACUCUGAUCGAGAACUGUCCACUCCACUCCUGGUGGCUCUCUGCCUGGGCCCCAAGCUGCUGCUCCUCAUCACUGCCUCUGUCAUCUAUGUCCACAGGAAGCAACGGAUUGACUGUGAGUUGUGGACGAGGAGAGCAUGGCAAGGUCAGUUCCAGAAGGAGCCAGGUCAGCGGGAGGAGCACCGCACAGGUCUCACAGGGUCAGCGCCCACCUGGAGUAAGAGCAGGUGA